AUUUGACCAACAUUUUUGACAAAAAUCUUUAGUCAGGUGACGAAUUCUUGUGACAGUUUUAAAUUUUUGCGAUUUUCGCAAAAAUUCAAUAAAAACACAUAAAAAAUGGCCCUCCAAGCUGCUGUAAAAGGAAAACUAAUCAGCGUCAUCGGCGAUGAAGACACCUGUGUAGGUUUCCUGCUCGGGGGAAUAGGUGAAAUCAACAAAAACAGACACCCCAACUUCAUGGUUGUUGAUAAAAACACCCCAGUGAGUGAGAUAGAGGAGUGCUUCAAGCGGUUUGUGAAGCGCGACGACAUAGACAUCAUCCUCAUCAACCAGAAUGUAGCUGAAAUGAUCCGCCAUGUGAUUGAUUCACAUACCUCGCCCGUGCCCGCCGUGCUUGAGAUUCCUUCCAAGGACCAUCCAUAUGAUGCUAGCAAAGACUCCAUUCUACGUCGCGCUAAGGGCAUGUUCAACCCAGAUGACUUGUCAAUGUUUGGUGCUGAUAACUAUGCAAAUUAAUCUUAGUUUCUUCAAUUUUUCUUUAAUUUAUUGUAUUCUUUUCAAAAUACACAUAAGUACCUACAAUUUGUAAAUAAUUAC